GCGGCCACCUUGCCGUCCAAGUACGAGGGGAAAACGGAUAUCACCUCUUGGAUUAGUUCCAUGUGGUCAUACUUCGAGGUCAUGCGGACACCGCAAGAAGACCGAAGCAUGAUCAUGGACACUAAUACUGAGGCCGCCGUACGGAAUCACAUUGAACUCCAAACUGUUGUUGCAGGUUAUGAAAGAAUUGACCUGACUGAGUGGCUGAAGUUAACCCCUGUACGCGCCCUUGAGGACCUUCUCAUCACACGGUACCAGGAUAAGCAUGCUGCGCUCAAGGCUAGGCUGAAGCUUGAGGCCCUCAAGGGUCAAACAUGGAGGUCCUCCAUGCAGGCUUUGGAACAGCACUUGACUGGUUUGUUCACCACUCCAGAUCCGGGAAUGACCGACGUGUCUUGUAUGGAUGUAGUCAUGAGAGUGGCCCCUAAAGAAUACCUCUCCCUACUAGCACUCAAAGACCAUACCUCCUGGCAAGAGCUCAUGACGGAUCUAGUCAACCUAGAGGCCAAGGACCUCGCCAGGCGGAAGAAGGCGCCCACUGCAGGUGGAAAACCACAACGCAAAUGGUAUGGAAGCAACAACCAGCUUGCACUGCACGAACAUCGGGAGGCUGAAGAUCAGUCCUACGCGGAUGAUCUGUCUCUAGAUGACAAUCUAGAGCCGGACUCUGAUAUGGGCUGUUCCACAUCAGCCAUUGAGUUUGACGUAAACGAAGACGAAAAACUUAAUGCUUUUAGAAAGGCAACUUCAAACAAGGGGCCUAACCGUGGUUCGGGUAAGGGAACUGUUGUCCACCUCCCCAAGAAUGCGAAGAUCCCUGAGAAACCGGAGGAUGCGUCUACCAAGCCUUGGGAAGCCCUCCGUGGGUGCAAGGUCUUCUCCAAGAUCGACCUCAAAUCUUGCUACCACCAGAUUGAAGUUGAUCCGAGUGACCAGCACAAAACUACAUUCAAGACAUGCGAUGGGCUGUACGAGUUCAUCGUUAUGCCCUUCGGUCUUACGAAUGCACCAGCCACAUUUCAGAGCCUCAUGGACAAGGUACUCCGCCAUCAGCUCAACAGGUUUGUGGUUAUGUACCUUGAUGAUAUUCUGAUUUUCAGCAAGUCCUUGGAAGAGCACCUCAAGCACCUUGAGGAGGUCUUGCAGGUCCUCAAGGAGGCACAGUUGCACCUCAACUUAGAGAAAUCUGAGUUCGGAAGGGACAGCGUCAUCUAUCUUGGGCACCGGUUGUCUACAAACGGCCUUGAGCCAGAGGCAACCAAGGUGGAGGUCAUACGAAAUUGGCCUCAACCAGCGAACGUACGCGAACUGCGUUCUUUUCUUGGUUUGGCUUCGUACCACCGGAAGUUUGUGCCAAAAUUUUCUGUCAUUGCUCAUCCACUCUCAAGACUAACCAGUAAGAAUGUUGCCUAUACGUGGUGUGAGAAGUGUGAGACUGCAUUCCAAGCCUUAAAAGAGGCAUUGGUGAGUCAUCUCGUGCUCCGCAUUGCAGAUCCCAACCUCACAUUCGUAGUCACUACGGAUGCGAGCCAGUUUGGGAUUGGUGCAGUGCUGCAACAAGAUGAUGGUGAUGGACUGUGUCCGCUCGAAUAUUACAGCAAACGCAUGCCCAGCCACAAGGUAGCUACCUCCACAUACAUGCGUGAGCUCUACGCCUUGCGCGAGGCGCUCACACAUUGGAAGCACUACCUYUUGGGUCGGCACUYCAAGGUCUACUCAGAUCAUCAGACCUUGCAGUGGAUUAAGACACAAAUUGAUCUCUCUCCUACGCUGACCCGCUGGUUGCAUGACAUUGAUGUGUACAAUUUUGAAUUGAAACAUAAGAAAGGCUGUUAUAAUCGCGUUGYUGAUGCUUUGUCGCGUCACCCUGARUUUUUGACUUGCCUUGUGGGUUCGUAUGACCUCCGAAGGAAACUGAAGGAGGAUCUGGUCGAACACACCGCCAAGGAUCCGGACCUUAGUCCCAUCCUUGAGCAGCUCAAGGCUGACCCUAACAGUCAGCCUGAUUUUCAUGAGUGCGAGAGCCUUGUAUUCCGCUGGUAUGGGAAGUUUGAUCGUUUGUGUGUACCCAACCAUGCGCCUCUCCGGACUCAUUUCUUGGAUUUGGCACAUGGUCAGAGUGGACACUUCGGCUUUGAGAAGACUUAUGGAAGCCUUCUGCAACAGUUUGAUUGGCCAGGAAUGAAAGGAUCCUCUCAAAAAAUUAUUGUUGAAUAUCAGUUCACCACGCGGUACUUCAGCAGCAGCAGCACAGACUGUUGCUUCUUCAUCUUCCGGAGCAGCGGCUGCACACAACAACCGGUCCUACCAACGAGACAGCAGCCUUGGUACCCCAAGACUCCACUGAAGCCACCCUCGACUUUCUCAGGUGAUGAGAAGGAUGAGGCUCUUGACAUGUGGUUGAGAACGGUCCCAGUGUGGGUCAGGGCGAAGAGGACGCUGGUAGAGGAAGAGGUGAUCRYUGYCGCAUCCUAUMUGGAAGGUUCGACARYGCAAUGGUUAGAUGGAUUAGUGSCUUCAAAGGGAUUCGGGAGAAACACGAGUGAUUGGGCGAAGACCCAUACUUAAACCACCAGUUCACCCAUACCUGUUUUGAAUAUCCCAAAAAUCAAUUUGCCGAGCCUGA